CUUUUAUCGAAGACGGCGAUUAGUUGGUAAAACCAAUAUGGUGGACUCGUUCAUUCUAGAAGUUCGAGUACCUCAAGCUUGUGCUUGUCGUGAAUGUAAACAAACACACAUUGUUAGAAAUUGAAGUUAUAAAGAUGCCUUUAGCUGUAAGAGAUUACACAUGGGAAGAAACGGAGAAAAUGGUUUUUCUUACUGUGCCAUUAAAAGGGGUGAAGGGUAAUAAAGUCGACAUACUUUCAUCAGAGGACUACAUAAAGGUAAGCUACCCACCUUACUUCUUUGAAUGUUUCCUACAUGAGAGCGUUGAUGAUGUGUCCAGUACAGCACAGAUCGGUAAUGGAGCUGUUGUGUUCAAACUUCUGAAAAAAGAGCCCCAGCUAUGGCAUCAGUUACAUCACGAAAAAACAGAUGAUAAAGAUUUCAAAAGACAAAUUAAAGAUGAUGCCAUCAAACGAAACCAAGAGAGGGCAGAAUUAUCUGCCAAAGAAAAGGCUGAGAAAAAGCGCGAAAGUGAAAAAUAUGCCAUGAAUGAAAUGAUGAAGCUCGAACAAGAAGAGCGAGACAGAAUUGCAAACAUCAAAGAAUCUGAAAAGAAAAAAGCCAUGGAGGAACUUGAAAUUUGGAAAGAGGAACAGAGCCAAGCUGCUGAACAGGAGAAAAACAGAAUCAUGGAAGAGGAAAGAGCCAAAGAGGCUGCUCGUAAAGAAGAAAUGAGGAAGGAAAAGAAAAGGAAAAGUAAAAGUAUUUUUGAAGAUGCAAGUAAUGGAGUACCCACAAGAGAUGUUGGUAAAAUUGAGAUUAAGUUCACACCCCGAGUAUUCCCAACACCUGUCAGAGAAUCUCAGACACACCUAGAGGAAGAGUGGUUGAAAAAACAAGCAGAGGCCAGAAAAAUUACAGAAAUUGAAGAUGAGGAUUUGACAGAGGAGGAGAAGGAUCCUAUAUACCUCAGGGAUAAAGGGGUUUCAUUUUUCAAGUCUGGAAACUACUUAGCUGCUGUGAAUGCUUUUACUACAGCUCUACGCUUCAAUCCCAAAAUGCCUUCAUUGUAUUCAAAUAGAGCAGCUUGCCAUCUAAAAACAAGAAAUUUCUUCAAGUGCAUUGAAGAUUGUUCAAAGGCAAUGGACCUUUUAAAUCCCCCUGUCCCCCAAAAUGCUAGUAGCAGAUGUAAAGCUUUAGUCCGCAGGGGAACUGCUUUUUGUGAGCUGGAGAUGUAUGUUGAAGGUUUACAAGAUUAUGAAGCAGCUCUGAAAAUUGACCCUGAUAACAAACAGGUGCGUGAGGAUGCUGAAAAAAUGCGAAAAAUUAUUCAGUCCAGUUCAGAAAGCUGAUAAGAAGGAAAGAAAUAGACUCUGUAGUCUGGUGCAUUGUGAGCUUGGAAACCUGAAAUAUUCUAACCAAGUUUCUGGGAGUCUUCAGGUCAAAGAUUGGUUAACAGUAUGGAUUGAGCUGGUCAAACUGCUGAUACAAGAAUAUUUCGUGAUGCAAAAUGGCAAGAUAGAAAUUAACUUUGAAUGUGUUUUUAGCUCACCUGAGCUGAAAGCUCAAGUGAGCUUUUCUGAUCACCCGUUGUCCGUCGUCCGUCCGUCUGUCCGUCUGUCCGUCCGUCUGUCCGUCCGUCUGUCCGUCCGUCUGUAAACUUUUCACAUUUUCAACUUCUUCUCAAGAACCACUGGGACAAUUUUAACCAAACUUGGUACAAAGUGUCCUUGGGGGAAGGGGAGUUUAAAUUGUUAAAAUAAAGGGCCAAGUCCCCUUACAAGGGGAGAUAAUCAAGAAAAGACAAAAAUAGGGUGGGGUCAUAAAAAAAUCUUCUUCUCAAGAACCACUGGGCCAGAAAAGCUGAAACUUAUAUGGAAGCAUUCUGGGAUAGUGUAGAUUCUAAAUUGUUCAAAUCAUGACCCCCGGGGGUAGGGCGGGGCCACAAUAGGGAAUCCAAGUUUUACAUUGAAAUAUAUAGGAAAAAUCUUUAAAAAUCUUCUUCUCAAGAACCACUGGGCCAGAAAAGCUGAAACUUAUGUGGAAGUAUGCUGGGGUAGUGUAGAUUCUAAAUUGUUAAAAUCAUGACCCCCGGGGGUAGGGCGGGGCCACAAUAGGAAAUAUAAGUUUUACAUUGAAAUAUAUAGGAAAAAUCUUUAAAAAUCUUCUUCUCAAGAACCACUGGGCCAGAAAAACUGAAACUUACGUGGAAGCAUCCUGGGGUAAUGUAGAUUCUAAAUUGUUAAAAUCAUGACCCCCGGGGGUAGGGCGAGGCCACAAUAGGAAAUACAAGUUUUACAUUGAAAUAUAUAGGAAAAAUCUUUAAAAAUCUUCUUCUCAAGAACCACUGGGUCAGAAAAGCUGAAACUUAUGUGGAAGCAUCCUGGGGUAAUGUAGAUUCUAAAUUGUUAAAAUCAUGACCACCGGGGGUAGGGCGGGGCCACAAUAGGGAAUCCAAAUUUUACAUUAAAAUAUAUAGGAGAAAUCUUUAAAAAUCUUCUUCUCAAGAACCACUGAGCCAGAAAAGCUGAAACUUAUGUGGAAGCAUCCUGGGGUAGUGUAGAUUCUAAAUUGUUCAAAUCAUGACCCCCGGGGGUAGGGCGAGGCCACAAUAGGGAAUCCAAGUCUUACAUUGAAAUAUAUAGGAAAAAUCUUUAAAAAUCUUCUUCUCAAGAACCACUGGGCCAGAAAAACUGAAACUUAUGUGGAAGCAUCCUUGGGUAGUGUAGAUUCUAAAUUGUUCAAAUCAUGAACCCCGGGGGUAGGGCGGGGCCACAAUAGGGAAUACAAGUUUUACAUUGAAAUAUAUAGGAAAAAUCUUCUUUUCAAGAACCACUGAGCCAGAAAAGCUGAAACGUAUGUGGAAACAUCCUCAAGUAGUGUACACUCUAAAUUGUUCAAAUCAUGAC